AUGAUGGACUCCGGAGCUCACUUCUGCAACUCCUGUGGUGAACAAGUUGGACUUGAUGCUAAUGGGGAGGUGUUUGUGGCUUGUCAUGAGUGUUAUUUCCCAAUUUGCAAGGCUUGUUUUGAAUAUGAAGUCAAUGAGGGUCGUAAGGUCUGCUUGAGAUGUGCCACUCCCUAUGCUGAUAGAGCAAAAGAUAACGAUGAGACCAAGGCUUAUGAAAAUCAAUCCACUAUGGCUGCCCAGAUCAAUGUUUCUCAGGAUGUUGGGCUCCAUGCUAGGCAUGUCAGUACUGUAUCCACAGUGGAUAGUGAACUGAAUGAUGAAUCUGGGAAUCCAAUCUGGAAAAAUAGAGUGGAAAGCUGGAAGGAGAAGGAUAAAAAGAACAAGAAGAAAAAGUCUGCACCCAAGACUGAAAAUGAGGCACCAAUUCCACCAGAACAGCAGAUGGAAGAAAUACAGUCCUCAGAGGCUGCAGCUGCGGAGCCGCUUUCAACCAUUAUUCCAAUCCCAAAAACGAGAAUCACACCAUACAGAAUUGUGAUAGUUGUGCGGUUGAUAAUCUUGGGUCUUUUCUUCCAUUAUCGAGUUACAAAUCCUGUUGACAGUGCUUUUGGUCUGUGGUUGACAUCCAUCAUCUGUGAGAUCUGGUUUGCAUUUUCCUGGGUAUUAGAUCAGUUCCCUAAAUGGUAUCCCAUCAACAGGGACACUUUUAUUGACAGGCUUUCUGCAAGAUGCUUGAAUGCUCACUUCUGCACUGUAUAUGCCAGAUAUGAAAGACCUGGUGAACCCUCUCAGCUUGCUGCUGUGGAUUUCUUUGUUAGUACAGUCGAUCCUCUGAAAGAACCGCCAUUGAUCACAUCUAAUACAGUGCUUUCUAUUCUUGCUGUGGACUACCCUGUGGAUAAAGUAUCAUGCUAUGUGUCUGAUGAUGGUGCUGCAAUGCUGACAUUUGAGUCCCUUGUGGAGACAGCUGACUUUGCAAGAAAGUGGGUUCCAUUUUGCAAAAAGUUUUCAAUUGAACCACGCGCGCCUGAGUUCUACUUCUCUCAGAAGAUUGACUACCUUAAGGACAAAGUACAGCCUUCUUUUGUGAAGGAACGUAGAGCAAUGAAGAGAGACUAUGAAGAGUUUAAAGUGAGAAUUAAUGCUUUGGUAGCAAAGGCUCAGAAAACACCGGAUGAAGGUUGGACUAUGCAAGACGGAACCGCGUGGCCAGGAAAUAACUCACGUGAUCACCCUGGCAUGAUUCAGAUGCCUGAUUUCUGCAAAUUGGCUACCAAAUUACUGAAAGAAGCAAAUGUGGAAGUUUUUCUUGGACACAGUGGUGCCCAUGACAUAGAAGGAUGUGAACUUCCCAGGUUGGUGUAUGUUUCAAGAGAGAAAAGGCCAGGUUACCAACACCACAAAAAGGCUGGUGCUGAAAAUGCACUGGUUAGGGUGUCUGCAGUUCUCACAAAUGCUCCCUUCAUUCUCAAUCUUGAUUGUGAUCAUUAUGUGAACAAUAGCAAGGCUGUUCGGGAAGCAAUGUGUUUUCUGAUGGAUCCAGUAGUUGGUAGAGAUUUAUGCUAUGUGCAGUUUCCCCAGAGAUUUGAUGGUAUUGAUCGUAGUGAUCGAUAUGCCAAUCGCAACACAGUUUUCUUUGAUGUUAACAUGAAAGGACUUGAUGGCAUUCAAGGACCCGUAUAUGUUGGAACUGGAUGUGUUUUCAACAGACAAGCACUUUAUGGCUACAGCCCACCUUCCAUGCCUAAAAUACCAAAAUCAUCAUCCUGUUGCUGUUGCCCCUCAAAGAAGCAAACAAAAGAUGUCUCGGAGCUUUAUAGAGACGCAAAGAGAGAAGAACUUGAUGCUGCCAUUUUUAAUCUCAGGGAGAUUGACAAUUAUGAUGAAUAUGAGAGGUCAAUGCUGAUUUCACAAAUGAGCUUUGAGAAAACAUUUGGUUUGUCCACUGUUUUCAUUGAAUCUACACUAAUGGAGAAUGGAGGUCUGCCAGAAUCUGCUGACCCCUCAAUGCUGAUCAAAGAGGCCAUUCAUGUUAUUAGCUGUGGAUAUGAAGAGAAGACUGCAUGGGGAAAAGAGAUCGGAUGGAUCUAUGGUUCAGUGACAGAGGAUAUCUUAACGGGGUUCAAGAUGCAAUGCCGAGGAUGGAGGUCAGUUUACUGCAUGCCCUUAAGGCCUGCAUUCAAAGGAUCAGCACCAAUCAAUCUUUCUGAUCGGUUGCACCAAGUUCUUCGAUGGGCCCUUGGAUCAGUUGAAAUCUUCUUCAGUAGGCAUUGCCCCCUCUGGUAUGGUUUUGCAGGAGGUCGCCUAAAAUGGUUGCAGAGACUUGCUUACAUAAACACCAUUGUCUACCCAUUUACGUCCCUUCCUCUCGUUGCUUAUUGCACUUUGCCGGCAAUUUGUCUUCUCACAGGAAAAUUCAUCAUACCAACGCUUUCCAACCUUGCAAGUGCCCUCUUUCUUGGACUUUUCCUGUCUAUUAUAAUCACUAGUGUGCUUGAGCUGCGGUGGAGUGGUGUGACCAUUGAAGCUUUGUGGCGUAAUGAGCAGUUCUGGGUGAUUGGAGGAGUUUCAGCCCAUCUGUUUGCUGUGUUCCAAGGAUUCCUCAAGAUGUUGGCUGGUGUUGACACUAACUUCACUGUCACUGCCAAAGCUGCGGAUGACACAGAGUUUGGUGAGCUAUAUAUGAUCAAGUGGACCACGCUCCUAAUUCCUCCAACCACCCUUAUCAUUAUUAACAUGGUUGGUGUUGUGGCUGGAUUUUCUGAUGCACUUAAUGGAGGAUAUGAGUCUUGGGGACCACUUUUUGGAAAGGUUUUCUUUGCCUUCUGGGUUAUUUUCCAUCUCUAUCCAUUCCUCAAGGGUCUCAUGGGUCGCCAAAACCGUACUCCAACCAUUGUGAUUCUGUGGUCAGUGCUGUUGGCCUCUGUCUUCUCUCUGGUGUGGGUCAAGAUUAACCCUUUUAUCAGCAGAGCUGACAGUUCAAGCCUCUCCCAGACCUGCAUUUCUAUAGAUUGUUAA